UUCCGCGUGGAAUGUGGCGAAUGGAGCUUGACAGCUUCGUGAGAGCGAGGAGACUGAAUAGUGAGGCGGGAAAGCGAAAGGGCGAGGCCCAGUUUGCUACCGUCCAGGACGAGUUAAUAGGACCGAGGGGCCAUCCAGAUUCAUUUGCCUUUUCUUUUCCAAAGGAGGGAGGAGGCAAGCUUGAAAAGUAAUAGCCGUUUGGGGAAACUACCUCACAGAGCACUGUGAAUUUUUAUAGGGCGUUAUUAAAGCCCCUCAAGGAGACCCUACCAUUAGGAGAUAUGGAGAAGGUUACUGUUGAUGUGCACAUAGAAAACAAGGGAAAAGAUUCUGCUGAACAAGGCUCUGUGGAACAAGACUCCAAAGAUGAAAUUGAUGUUACAGCUCUGAGUGACACUGAGCUAUGGGAGCUUCUCUGUGCAUAUGGAAUCACCCCUGGACCAAUAUUACCUUCUACAAGGACCAUUUAUGAGAACAAGCUCCUGCAGUUGAUGAAGCAAUGCCCAGGAACAGCAGCUGAGUUGAACAGUGAGGUUAAUUCUGAAAAUGAUGGAGAAGGAAAAACCACAGAAGUAGUCAUCCAAACAAAUGGCCUCAAAGUGACAACUGAACAUACCUCUGGGUCUGAAAAUAAAUCAGCUGCAGAUGUGGUAGAACGUCAGAAAAAACUCUUGUCAUCUGAUGUUGAACACAGUUUAGCUAAAAUAGUGGCAGAACUGCAGGAAAUAUUGCCAGAGGGUAAAGUGGCACUGCAUCGGUCACAAGGACCAAGGAAGAAAGUUGGCAGUCCUGAAAGGAAUUACAGACAAAAGACAAGUGAUCUACCACACCAAGACUUUGGCUAUCCUGAUGUUAAUGUUACUGUAGGAGAAAGUGCUAGAAGAAGAAGAAACGCAAUAAAGGAGAAUCCUCCCUCUGUGAAAAAAGAUCCUGAAACCAAAUGCCAUGUAGUACCUGGGAGAUCAAGAGAAGGACGUAUACCAAUGCGUGUAAAGAUUGCUGCUUUUGCCAUCUUCAUGUUCCUUCUCUUUGUGUAUGUAACUAUGGAAACUAAUUUUCAUAAUCCAUUCACAAGCUUUGCCACGGGCAAAUGAGUGUAUUCUGUCUUUUAGAAAUGGAGUUGUUAGACCAGACAGGGUGGUUCUGUCUAGCUGCUUAUGAAUUAAGUAUUUGGGGGUAGCUGAUUAAAACACAAAAAGAAUUAUCUUGUGUGUGUGUUUUCUUCCUUUAGAGUUUGUAUUAAACCAGUUUCUCUUGACUUAAA